AUGCCUAAACAACCAAGCAUAUGUCAAACUAAUCUCGUUGAAACUAUUUUAAACCGGAAAAAAGAUAUCUUCAAUACUUCUACUCAAAGCAUAUGGGGCCCUUCACACGAUUGUUGGAAAGAUAUCUCAAAUGACUUAAAUAAUAUUGUUUCUUCAAAAUAUAUCUAUACUGUUGUAAAACAAAAUCGAUUUGAUAUUUUAAAACAACUAAAUUUUUCUGAAAAUAUUUCCGAAAUUGAAAAUAAAACCGAGACAAUUAUAAGUAGUUCAUCUGAUACUGAUGAAAAUGAACCACAAACUUUAGAGUUCACUAUAACAUUAUCAGCCCAAGAAUGGAAGCUUGUAUAUGAUUCCGAAAGAAGGAUUUAUAAAAGAAAUGAUAGAAAUAAUGGGGUUCGAGAGUACGAUGUUUUGAUUCCUUUUCAGUGGACAAAUAUUAUAAAUGACCAUUUUUUUGAACAAACUAAAAAACCUUGUAAGAUGGUGUAUAAGUAUGCAAAAAUAUACGCAAUGGGAAAUAUUUAUCUACAAAUGUCUGGUAAUUGUGCUGCUUGCCAAAGUAUCUUCAAAGGUUUAAUACAAAAUCCUCCUGAACCAGAUUCACGUGUCAUAAUACAAUGUUCUUACGUUGGAUUAUUUGAGUAUUGCACAAGUGGUUUAAAAAGGCGUAUUAUUGGUGAAAAAAAAGAUGAAUUUUCUAACAAAUUAAUUCAACAGAACAUGUCAGCUUCUUACAUUCAAAAAAUGGAGUCCAAAAAAAUCAUGACCUAUGGUGAUCCAGAACCCAGCAGUUUACCUUCACUUAAUGCUCUUAGAGUGUUAAAAUAUAAAAGGCGUCAAAAAGAUAAAUUGCAUCAGGAUUCGAUAUUGGCCUUGGCUCUACUUAAAAGGAUCGCGCCUUUCAAUCAAAUAAUUCAGGAUAUUGGUUAUGAUCGAUUUUUCCUGCAUUACUGGACUACGACCGAAAUUAACACUUAUAGAUUAUAUACUAAGCAAAAUAAGUUACCAAGAGUUUCGAUUGACGCGACGGGGGGACUUACGAAAAAGUUAAAUAUGAUAUCUGGUAGAGAAUCAUCGUCAAUUUUUCUGUAUGAAAUAGGUGUAAUGGACUUUAAAAGCAAAUGCCAGUUUACUGCAGCACACAUGUUAUCCGAACGGCACGACAGUAACUCUAUCAGUUAUUGGCUUACUGAGUGGUCAAGAGCUAAUAUAGUUUUAUCAAAAAUAGUAGUCACAGACCAAUCUUUAGCUCUUAUGAUGGCAGUAGUAAAAUCAUUUACUCAAUAUUCUUCUUUAUCAAAAUAUUUAGCCGUGUGUUCGUCAUUGAUAUUAAAAGAAUCGUCUGAAUUACCUGCAUGUAUGCUUCGGAAUGAUUUUAACCACGUGAUGCAUGUCAUAAGUAGUUGGCCUGAAAUCAAGUCUUGUAAAUAUCGAAUAAAAAAUUUUUACCUAAGAUCGAUUGGCUUGUUGAUCGCAAGCACAGAUUUUGAUGAUAUAAAAUAUAUAUUACGUAAUAUAUUUAUAAUAGCUUUAAGUGAAGAACAAGGAUUAAAUCCUAAUGGACUACCUAACCCAUGUCAAAACGCCAAAAACUAUUUAAAACAGAGGAUAAGUACACAUAUUAUAUUAGAUAUUAAUGAAAACCCGUUACAGACUGAUAACAAUGAAGAAAUAAUAAAUGAGUGCACUGAUUCUACUGUUAUAGUACCAACGGAUUUAACUCAAAAUAACAUAUUUGAAGAAUUACAGUCCGUUUAUAAUACUUGUCUCGACAUGUGUAACAACACAUCAAGCCAAGGGGAUGAUUUAAAUGCAUUUCAUAACGAGAGCCUCCCGAAAAGAAUUUUAGAUUUCUGCAAACUGUUGCCUUGUUGGUCAGCAGUCAUGACACCCAUUUUUAAAUACGGUGAUAUUACCGAAUCAAGUUCAACUUCGGAAAGCCUAUUCAAUGAUUUGAAAAAUAGAGUAUUUCAACACAAAACAUUGCCACUUAGAGUUGAUGAAUUUGUUCAUGAUCAUAUAAGUUAUAUCACGGGAUCAAUGAAUAUAAUAGGAGCUAAACUCAAAGUAAACGACCAAAAUAUAGGAAAAGAGGUAGAUGACGAAAUAUCAAACGUCCCAACCAUUGAAACAAAAUCUUUUGACAAUGACAUGAAUAAACCUCAUUUAAUUGAAGAUAAUAACACUCCUAUUAUAAAAGAAUGUUUCGAGCCCAUCAACCAAGAGUUUGAAAAUGAGAUUACUUCAAUUGCUCUUAUUACAGACAACGUUAACGAGGUUGAGAAUUGGAAAGGUCUAGGUGAACCAAAAAAAAAAAAAAAACGAGGAAAUUAUUUGGACAAAGAUCCAACUGUAUUGCAUUACAAUGAGGAAAGCAACACCAAAUCACCAAUAGUUGGAAUUUUAAGAAAUGGGAGUAUACCUGAUUUGAGAAGUAUUACAGUUGAUAGUUUGACAUACACACUUACCAACACUUGUGCUUUCGACUCAAUAUUUCAAAUAUUAUGUUGUUCGUUUGUUGAUAGCAUUAAGUAUUCUGAACUUGUUACAUCAAAUAAAUCUUUGAAACUGUAUGAGCUUGUUGCUCAUUCUAUAAGGGAUGGGGUGAACGUACAAUCGUAUAAAAAAAGAGCAAUUAUUCUAACCGACAUUUUUUUGAAAAAUAUACGAGAAAAACAACCACAGCGACCAUCAGUAGGUCUUAUUCAUCUUGAUUGUGCGUCUACUGCUAACUUCAUGUUUCAAAGUUUAUUUAUUGAUUUCCCAUCCUUUAAAGAAUAUCGUUCUUGUGAAAAUUGUGGUUUUAAAAAGGAAAUUGUAGAAAAAACGAUUGUGGCAAAUCUACCAACAGAUAACCUGACUUUUAUCCAAGAUAUAAUUUAUAAUAGAUUUUCGGAUGAUCUACAUAAAUGUGAGUUUUGCAAUUUUUUUUCAUCAAAAAGCGACUACACAAUUGAAAAUCAUUUAUUUAUUGAAAUAAUUGCACCUUCUUCUGAUCACCAAAGAAGUGUUCAAAACUUUGAUUUAUCAAUAAUAUUAUCGACAAUACCUCAAAAGAUUGAUAUAUUAAAAAAAACAUAUACACUGCGUGGAGCUGUGAGUUUUCAAGCUCCGAUGUCUAAGCUCAAAAAUGCUGUAGGACACUAUAUUGGUUAUUGUUGGAGGGAAUCAAUUGACAAGUGGGAAAGAUACGAUGACUUACAACGAUCAGUCAAAACAGUUAGAUCAUCAUCCAUUGCGAAAGACUGUCAAUUUUUAAUUUAUACAUUAUAA